GCCGCUCCGCCCGCCCGGCCCCGCGGGCAGUUGCCAUAGCGCCGCCGCCGCCGAGCGCAGGGACCGGCACCGGGAUCGGGAUCGGGAUUGGGAUCGGAACUGUCUGCCCCAGGCCCGGCCUGCCCCGGCCCGGCCCCGGCCCCGGCCUGCCGCCCGCCCGGGACGCGGCUCUGCGGGAGGCAGGUGGGAGAAUCCCAACACUGCUGAGCUGAUGUCAGGACCAGGACUCCUCUGCAUGCCAAGGCUUCUAACCCCCUGAUGCAUAGCAGGAGAGUGGAAUGGAGAUAAGUCUAUCUGAGGUCACAGCACAUUCCUUGGAAAGAGGCAUGGGACUAAGGAAUCGAGACAGACUGGUUACUAUGUGGGCGAGCUGCUGUAACUGGUUCUGUCUGGACGGCUCAGCCGAGGAGAUGCAGCCGCAGCCGCCGCCAGCCCGAGCCCAGGCCUAUUCCAACCCCGGCUACAGCUCCUUCCCCUCUCCCACGGCUCCCGAGCAGAGCUGCAAAGCCUGCGGGCUGCACUUCGACAGCUCGGCCAGCAAGCACAUCUGCUUGGACUGUAAGAAGAAUUUUUGCACGUCCUGCUCCAACCAGCCUGAGGGGGGGCCCCUGCUCUGCCACCUCUGCCAGCGCUUCCGAGCCACGGCCUUCCAGCGGGAAGAGCUGAUAAAGAUGAAGGUGAAGGACCUGCGAGACUACUUGGCCCUCCACGAGAUCUCCACAGAGUUUUGUCGUGAAAAGGAGGACCUGGUGUUUCUGAUCCUUGGCCAGCAGCCUGUAAUUAGCCAGGAGGAUCAGAUAAGAACAAACACAUUUAACACCAGAGCCUCUGGACAGCAAGACUUUGUGAGUCACCCCCCAGCCAGCCUGUCUUCUUCUACCUCACUCGAGGAGUCUUCGGUGUCUACAGAGCCCAUCUCAAGUUCAGUAGCUCAGGAGCACCAACAGGCAAAUGGUCACGUGCCUCCGAGCCCAGUCGGUGUGACAGCAGUUGAGGAUGCAGCAGAGGAAGCACCAGCGGAGGAGGAGACACAGUCUACUGACUCUGAAGAUAACCUGGUGCUGGGGAGGAAGGCUUCUCUCUCCGACCUGAGGAGCGUCGGGGACAUCAACGCGCUCUCCGUGCGGCAGCUGAAGGAAAUCCUCGCCCGCAACUUCGUCACCUACAAAGGCUGCUGUGAAAAGUGGGAGCUGAUGGAGAGGGUGACCCGUCUCUACAGAGAGAAAGACCCUCGGCAUCUAGUUUCUGACACGGACGAUCAAACUGGUGGUGCUGGGCAGCCCAGCGCCGAGGACAACCUGUGCAGGAUCUGCAUGGAUGCUCCCAUUGACUGUGUCCUGCUGGAAUGCGGGCACAUGGUGACGUGCACCAAGUGCGGGAAGCGGAUGAGCGAGUGCCCCAUCUGCCGGCAGUACGUCAUCAGGGCCGUGCACGUCUUCAGGACAUAACCGGGGGCAGGGCUGGCCAUGCCCUGAAGCCUCCUCUGCCGGGAGAGGAACGGUCCACAUCCUACAGAUAGUUACAAACAGACCCCGCUGGAAGGGAGGGAAGGAGGAAGCCUUGGGGAAAACUGUCCUGCUCAAGCCACGCCCGACUCUGCUCUUCCCACCAUCGUGCUUUACACCACAGUGCCUGCACUCCCUGGAGCUCAGUGCCAGCAACCAUGAACCACCCACAUCCCAGGAUGACUCGAUCCUCUCUGCUGAGGACAGAUGGAUGCUCAGCUUUCCACCACAAAGAUCAGCUCCAGAGGCUUUGUAUUUUCCUCUGAAUAAUAAAAGUGAACUGGGGUCUCAAAAAGUGUCCUUUGUUUUGCUGCUCAGGCUACACCCAGCAACAACUUGGUUUUCAAAGAUUAAAAUGUCACUGUGCUUGUUAAUUUUACUUUUAUUUUUAAUUUAAUGUAAAACCAUGUUAUGCUUGCAGGACAGGCAGACUGCCUCUGCUUUCCCUAAUUCCAGCCUAGUGCAAUUGUGGAAAAACGUAUCAUUUUAUGUGAAGGUUGCCUUUGUAUUAUUGAGAACUGUUGGGAGGGAGGCUCUGUGAGCAUCCAGCCUGGCCCUGUGCGGUGGUUUUUGUUUGUGCCACGGGGAGGGAGGUGUCUGGUUUGAUUGUUGUUGACUCCUUUGACUCCACAGACUUCCCAGCACAAACUGAACUGCCUUCACUUACUGAAGGAGCUACAAAUCCAAGGCUUUGAGUCUUCCCGAGGGUUUAGUGAGGGAACCACUCAGCUGGAGAGCAGUGAGGACUCCAGUGCUACACAAUCAUUAUUUAAGUACAGGUGACUUUUUCUUUUCAGAAGGGAAUCAUGGAAGAAAGCCAUGAGCAAUCACCACUGCAGAGCAGCUUCCCCCCCUCCUCCUGGGCUGUUUUACAGUUCUGUUCCCCUCAGGCUGUUUAUUAAAAGCCAUUUAUUUUGUACUUUCUGCUGGUGAGGGUGGGGAGGAGGGCCCCUGGUCUGAUCCCUCACAGCUCUCCUGGGCAGCGUGUGCAGGUGGAAGAACUUGCCAGAGAUGAUUGUAACUGGUGUAUUUUCCCCUCAGUGUGUUUGGCUGCAGCACAGCCAGGCUCCAGAAUCUUCAUGCCUUAAGUUUGCAUCACCGUGGGAUUGUGCUCUCAUUCCAAGGCACCUGUGAAUCUGGGAACCUCCUGCUGCAGGGUUUUGCUGUCUGGCUCUGGGGAGAGGUGAUCACUCCAUGUUCAAACCCAGCCCCUGCCUGGCUGCCAGCAGGGACCAGCACAAAUCCCAGUGUCCCCUCUCAGCUCCUGGAGCACUGGAAGGGCAGUUGCAGGAAUAGCACCAAAGCUCCUCGUGCAGUAAGUGAUAACAGUGUCAACAGCAAACGAAACUGUGUAUUUUUACCAGGGACUGUUGCAUGAGUAGUAGUUCAGCUGCAGGGAGUGGAGGGUCUGUGCUCUGCCGGAGCCAGGAAAGCACCUGAGGUGAGGAAUCUGUGGCUCAGGAGGCAGCAGAACCCCUGCAGUGCUGAGGGGGUCUCAGAACUCCACCAAAAGGCAGCAGCAGCUGCAGUUUACUGAACUAAACACUGAGUUUUACCUCUUUGCCUGGUGAGGUUGUUCUUUAAUCUUUAGCUUAAGGUUUAACAGGUUCCAGGACGAGAAGGAACUGGUACAAUUCCGUGCAUCAUGUUAAAAAGAAAGGUAAGCAGUGACUGUGUUUACUCUUGGGGGGGGCACAGGGACCUCCAGGAGGUACAGGAAUACACAAAGUGCUGAAUUUAGUAAAUUCACUGUGAAAAUUCAUGUUGUCAUAUUUUUCAAUAAACUCAGGGCUGGGGGAAUUUAGCAGGAAGAUUAUUCCCCUAUGGACAGAUGUGCUUUUCCUUGUAGAGGGUAGGCUUACUUUCUACAGCACAUAAAUCAAGUUGCAGAUCAAUGCCUGAAAUUUUAGGGAUGAGAAGAUACACCCAGUGACUCCAGAACUGCUUUCUGAAGGGAGGACUCCUUGUAAAAAUGGGUUCUCUACUUAUGGAUAUGUGUGACUUGUUUUUCAAGGAGAAUCAAAAUCUGGGGGAAACUGAUUAAUGAUGCAAAGGAAUAUAAUGUUCUGAACUAAUAAAGUAAAUGGAAAUAUUUAUGUGCUCUAUGUACACUGUACAUUGUUUAAAGACUUUAAAAGUUAAUAUUCUACUUGAAAGGGCAUGUUAUUCUCUGUUAAACCCCCUUGGUACUAUGAUGGUUAAACUUACUAGUUUUGGUACGGAAGUUUGGUUUAUAAUUUUAUAAUAAAGUUGAAAUGUGAUUUAGUUAA